AUGGAGCGGCGCACGGCACGUCUCUUCUCCUUCUUGCUCUGUGCGGCGUUUUUCACUGCCGCCGCGUCUACACCAAUCUUCCCGCGCGACUGCGGCGGCGGCGGCAGCGGCAGCGGGGUGUCUGCGCCUCAGUCCAAACCCUGGAAGGGGAAAGCAUUGAUGAAGUACGUGGUCAAGUACCGUCCCACUAAGGUCAAUGGCAAAGUGGUCGGCGACAAAGGGGCAUCUGCGAAACUUGUGAUCACGGGGGUGAUGUGA